AUGGUCGAGCUUGCAAGUGUUGCACACGCGCUUUUGAAUAUUCACGCACUCUCACUCGAAACUGUUCUAUGCUUUGUCAACUUGGCUUCUGCUAUCAAAGACGACAGCAUAUUGGCUCAGCCUGCAACAUAUGAUGUUUCUGCACCCCCAGACUUUCUCCCUCCAAGCGUGAAUCUGUUUUUGGGCUCUGCGUGCACCCUGACAGAAGACUCGGUUCAACUCUGCUGGUCUGUCUUAAAGCACGACAUCUGGCAAGGCAGUUUCAUGUCACAGAACAGCACCAAGACACUCUUCAACAUUGUCACCCCAGGUAGCAAGACAUGUCAGCACCAAGACCACAAGGCUGUUGAGGCAUUGCACGCCUUGCGUGGUCAAUCACAUUUUCAACUUCGCAAACGACUCGAGCGGUCCCGCGCCAUUGUGGAUAAUCCUGCUCGUGCAAUUUCCCGAGGUGCUGAGCAUGUUGAGUUAGAUGGUAAUAUGUCAGAUGAAGGACUGCAGGAAUUUGAGGUGGACAGCAACCAAGAUCACUCACUAGCCCCACUGAAGCCAAAGAAGAAACUACGCACUCAGUUUGGGCGCAAUCGCACGCACUGCGAGGUGUUGAUUGUUGCUCCGUGCGGCAUAAUACAUGAUCGACAAACAUUUUACCGUGCCGAGGGUGUCGGCAGUGUUGCAGCAUUCAUUAAAGAAGCAUUUCCAGAUCGACUAACAAGACCAUCGCACAUCUUUUAUGAUAAUAAUUGCAAUCUCGCUCAGCACGUCAAAGAUGAUCCGUUCUUCAACGAUAUCAGCUUGUCAGUUGACGUUUUUCACUUCAAUUGCAAACACUCUGAAAAGGACAUCUUCUGUCAAGAAAAUUGCAAUCCUAUAGCCUUCCCAGAGCUCACAGUUGAUGAUGGGAAGUGGUACUUCAAUUCAUCUGUAUGCGAGCAGACAAACUCAUGGUUUGGGAAAUUCAACGCAAUCACUCGAGGGAUGAAACCAAUUAAGUUUGACUUCUACCUUGACGAGGUCAUCCUGUGCAGGAACCGCCUUACAUUAGAGAAGUUGAAGAGGGAGCACCAAAGGCCGUCGCAGUGGGAGUCAAUUGGUUCAUCAGAGGGCUCGUUACGACUCGCUAACGAAGACGAUACAUUGGACAAGAUUGUUGCAGUAGCUAAGAGCGCUGGUGAUGUAUGA